AUGUCUGUACAGAGAAUAGUAUCACCAUUGGCAUCGCCAGCCAGCUUCGUCUUCCGCUUCGCCUCCUCCCCAUCAAACCUGCGACCAUGCCCUCACAUGCUACGAACCUUCUCUUCCUCCCAGUCUCUACAGGCUUCCUCGAAGCGAAAAAUGCAAACAAGCACAGCAUACACGCCAUACUCUCUAGAGCCCCAACCUCCUCUUCCUCGAAACUCCGGCAUCCCAGAUACAUCGAUCGCAGGAUCCAUCCCGCAAGUCAACGAAACCAGGCCACCCAGACACACAAAACAGUUUGAAAUCACGUUAGAACGUCCUGCAGAAGAGAAGACCAGCAUCAGCGUCACAGAGCAGGAAGCACAGAUAUCUCGCCCGACAACGACAGCGACAUCAGCAGCGACGGCGGCACCGGAAAAACCCCGCGCAAAGCCUCGGCCCAAGUUGCGAGCUCGAAAAGCUGCAAUGAAGCUCACGCCUGGGGCUGUCAAUCAAUUAAGAGAGUUGCUGAAUCAACCAGAGCCGAAGCUCAUCAAGGUUGGAGUGCGGAAUCGUGGCUGUAGUGGGUUGGCGUACCACCUGGAGUACGUGGAGAAGCCCGGCAUGUUUGACGAAGAGGUGGAACAGGAUGGCGUGAAGGUGCUUAUAGACAGCAAGGCGCUGUUCAGUAUAAUUGGAAGUGAGAUGGACUGGGUUGAAGAAAAGCUCAAUCAGAGAUUUGUUUUCACCAACCCGAACAUAAGUAUGCUCCCAAAAAUCAACCAGUACCAAACAGAGCUAACCAUUCCACAGAGGAACAAUGCGGUUGCGGCGAAUCCUUUAUGGUAUAAUGGCACGACUUCCUUUCCUUUCACGUAUUAUAGAUUCGACUUUACGGCAUAG